CCCCUAUCAACAAUAACAAAUGAAUAGUGAAUUAAAGUAGCAAAAAAAAUACAGUUUAGAUGGAGAAAGGAGGUGAUAUGAAAGGUUUGGAAUCUCUCUGGAAGUCAUUAGAUGAUGCAUCAAUUAUUAGAGAUGUGCUGUUUAAAGGAAAAUUCAUUCAAAAUGCAAUGCGAUUUAUAUCUGAACGAAAUUCAAUAACAAAUGAGGAAGCAAAAGAUAUUUUUGUACAAGUCUGUGACGAGCUAGUUAAUUCACAGAUCCAGCAAAAGCAGCCAUCGCGAGCCAGUCAUAUCCUCAAAAAUGCACAGAUCAAUGAGCUUCAUUAUUUAUAUGCUCUAUAUGAUGAUUCCAAAGAUGAAAUUAUUAAGGAAAUGCUAAACGAAUAUUUAACUAAGCAUAAUGAUGAUUUUAAUAAGGAGAAAACAAAUUUGAGGGCGUAUUAUUCUUGUUUUAAACUACUUGUGAAGAAUAUUGAAAAGCAUGCAAAGUACCUCGACAAUAUUAACAGAAUAUUCAACACUUAUAACAUAAACUUUCACAACAUCCAUAAAGCAUCAUUCCCAAAGUUUAUGCAGCAGUCAAUCCAAUGGAGAAAUGAUAUAUCAGUUGAUGUCUUCUUCAAGUCAAAAAGAGAUGAGAGGAACUUUGAUUUACUGCCAAUUUUAGACAAAACUUGCUUCUUUGCCUAUAUCAUGCAGAAUGAAUUGAGUGGUUUGGUAAAGCAAUGGCUUAAUGAGCAAUAUCUAUGUAAAGCUGGGACAACAAUAAGCUCUACACUUCCAACAGAACCAAACACAUUCGAUGAUGCCUUAAAUAUUCUGUUUCGUAAAUGGAAAUUCGAGGAACAAAUGAUGAAUAAUAUCUCUAGAAGACAUAAGGAUGUUCUAAAGAAUGAAUUUGCUAAAUUGGGCUUAUUUGAAGCACGAGAGAAUAAGCAAGUGUGUAGGAAGUUUAAUCGAUUUUUCACGACUUAUACGUACCAAGAGAAUUAUCCAACGUUAAAAAAUCACGAAGUAACAAAAUUCAUUAUUGAUAACAAAUUGUUAGACUUACUGCCACAACAAUUUAUUGAUCAUAGCUAUAUUCAGAAUGUUUUAAAAGAAAGCAACGAAAAAGAUCCUUUAUAUCAUGAAUUAGUGCUUAUUAGAUCCAUGAAAGACUUGCUCACAAAACAAACAAAUUUGCAAAGUUUUGUCGAUAUUAUGAACGUGACGACUAGAUACAUACAGGAAUAUGAUACAUCUUUCAAUGCUAAUCAACAUAAAUUACGUUUUAUGAAUGAGAUUGUAGGCAACAAUUUACAGAAGCUUGAUCAAAUUGCUGACAUUAAUCCAUUUUUGAGGAAUCUCUUUGUUAAAGUGACAACAAAAGAAGAUAUGCCAUCAAUAGAGCAACUGCUCGAAAAUUUUCAUUCUGUCAAGUUGGAAUAUGUUCGUGAUGAGUUUAAUAGCACUAGAAGUGACUUGAUUCCAAGUUUUGAUAAUCCACAUUUAACAAGCAUUUAUGGAAAGAAAGUUAAAUUAGAUUAUAUCGAUUAUGUGCGAAAGUAUCAAGGCAUUUAUGCUUCUUAUGCCUUUAUUAUUGAUUCCAUUAAGAGUUCCAUGUCAUUAACAAGACCAAUGGUUUUAAGUGCAUGUGAGGAAGUAGCAAAACUAGCUUUGAAUGAUCCUAAAAAUAAGGAACUUGUUAGUCAUGCAGUUGCAUUUAUGGAAACAUUUUCUGUGGACUCGAGGAAUCUACGAUGCUUUAUCCAACUACAGAAAUUAAAGUCAGACAGUGAAGGUGAUAAUUGCGAGAAGUUCCUCGACAAAACAGUCAAAAUGUCAACAAAUCAUGAAGAUAUAAGGAACGUAGAGUCACUGGAAAUUUUCUGGAAAGUCAAGAAGUUUACAUCACCAACAAGAUCAUACUUAAAUCCAUUUACCGAAAAAAACGACUGGUUCAAAAUAAUUGUAUUAGCACAAUAUUUCAAUUACCCACUUCAUGCCUUCAUAUCAAUCUGUCAAGACCGAAUAAAGAACAAAACGCUUUGUGAUAAUUUAAUUAAAGCCGUAAGCUAUGAAGCAGCACCAUUCCAAAAACUACCAAAUUCAGCUAAAACAGAAAGUCAUGCGAAGGAAUAUUUUGGGAGUGGACAGUUCCUUGAUUCAAAGCAUGAUUUGUUUGCAAUUUUAUUAAAAUGUGACGAGGAAAUCAGUCGACUUGACUUGCCAUUUGAGCAGUUCCAGAGAUUUUUCAUGAAAAAUGAACCGAAUGAUGAUUUACUUUAUCAGGCAAAGAUUCAUGACUGGCCAUUAUUAGCAAUUCUAGCAGGAACAUCGAAGCUUUAUAGAUUCAAAUAUUGUUGGGUUACUUGGCUAAUAUUAAACAGCAAUUAUAAAUGGAAUGAAAAGUUUGAAGACAUUGAAGGUUUAUCAACAAGUGUCUUUGAACACUGUCUGCGUAUUGGAUUUUUAAGGACACUCGAUGAAAGUUUCAAAAUUUUCUAUCCAAAAGCACCUAUGAAAAUAUUCACACAACUUUUAAGAGACACAGCAGUUGGAAAUUUCAAGAAUAUGGAAUCAAUACUCAAACAUUUCAUCGUCCAACUCAUCGAAUCAGACUAUAGAACUAAAGUCAUAAAAGGAAAGCAUCAAUUGAUUCCAUGUAUUAUUCGUUAUCUUAUUAUUCAUUUACAACACAAUAUAAAGUUCAGUGUACAGCAACAAGAGUAUUUAGCAUGUGUACAUCGUUCAGACAUAACAAAAUUCGAUGGCAAAAUCAAUUUUGAGUUAUUGAGGAAUUUCUGCAAGAUCCUCGAGCACACGAGUGUUGAGAUAAAUUAUGAAGUCUUUUGUGAGUCCGAGACGAAAGUGUCAAAAGAAAUUGAGAGAAUAUGCGACGAGCUUAUAAGCAACAACUAUUUUGAGGCUGCAAUUGAAAUUGGAAAUUUAAUAAAUAAAUCAAAGACUGAAUUUGUAUUUAAAUACUGGCUGCAUUUACGUAAGACUGAUAAUCAGAAGCAGACGUCGUUCGAUAUUGCGAAAUAUAUGAAGUACGUCAAAUUGUACAGGCUGAAUAUAGAUAUAUUCAUAAAGUUUCUCAAGCGUGUGAUUGAUGAGAUGGAUCAAUGCAUUGGAAAAUAUAAUGUGAUGAUGUUUAUGCUUAGAAAUAUGGCAAAGGCUGAUGCUAAGGAACUAAACGACUUGGAAUAUGAAAUUAUCUGCCUUUAUCUACGUCUUAAAGUAUCAGGCGUCAAAGAUAUUAAACCUUUAACAUCCAUGUACUUUGAAAAUACUAUAAAACCUGAAAGGUCAUUGAUCCACAAUUCUCUAUAUGAACUUAAGGCUAUAGCAAUGAUCGAUGAUUUAAAUGACAGUCAAUGUCUUACAGAUGAUACAGAAAUACAGCAAUUAGAUGAAUUAAUGUCCUUUCUACUUGACAUGAAUGACAUUGUUCAGGUUUUGCGGCUUCAAGCAAUGUUUGGCUAUGCGCCAGAGGAUUUAAAAAUUCUUGUUUAUAUGCUCAGUGUCGCAGAAGGUAUUACGUCUAUUUAUGACAUCACAAAACGUGAAAGGCAAGCAAUUAGCAACUGUGGACCACUGUCGAGUCGAUUCAAUAGAUUUGCAUUUAGAUCUUUUAGACAAAGCACUUCCAACUCGAUUUCGCUGAAUUCAUCAACAGUCUCAAUGGACAUAAAUGAAAGCUCAAUAUUAGAGGAGCCGUUACAUUACAAAGAGAAUAAAGAAACCUUACAAGCAUUACAAGGACUUGUUUGUAAGCUCAAACAUGGAGUCAAAUAUGCUCAACGAGUCGUUCUAUUGUACCGCAUAUCGUUGUUCCUUCACAAUCAUUCUUUUGAUGAUCUGAUAAAAAUUAAAAACUCCUACGAAUUUUUGGAGCUUGUUACCGAGUCUGAUUGUGACAGCAAACUUUUGGCAAUGGCUGACAUAAUAGAAGCCAUGGAAAUGACAAGGAAAGAAGUAGCAAAAUUCAUUUCUAAGGAAAUCACAGCAUGUAUCAUAAAAACAAGAUUUCAGCAGUUUAAUAAAGACACAGAAACAAGCACUUCAAAUCUAAACAUGACAACUUCCAUUUCGUCUACUUGGAGUGGUUCGAAGCAGGUACUUGAUGAUAUUUGGGGCUUCAGCUUGUCAAAAGAUCUGCAUUUGAUUCUUGAAUUGUGUAAAGGAAAGACAACACUUCUUGGAACUUACCUCAUUAAGUGCUAUAGAAUUUUAUCACAAUUCAAAUCAGACAUUCCAAUUAAUUAUGACUCAUUCGAAGAGGAAUUAAAGUCAAUUUGUGAAGAUUUAAAUCGAUCUUUAACUCCACAAUGGAUGUCUUUAAAGAAGCAGAAUAUGAUACGUGUUGAAUUACUGAUAACAGCUCACGACUGCUUUUGUCAAGAAUGCUCAACUGAAGGAAUUGGUGAUGUUCUACAUUUAUCAAAAAUUUUGAUCAAUGAACUAGCUGAAAACAAAGUUUACAACAUGAUUGUUAAGCUUAUGUGUGGCAUAGGUCGGUACCGUGAAAUGUUUUAUUGCUUUGACAUUCUUAUCAAGAACGAGGCUUUCGAAGCAUUGCUAGGUCAAUUCAAUGAUAAGCAAACGAAUGGGCUCAAAAAUGCACUGUUGUCUUAUCUCAAUGAAUAUCAUCCAGAUAACAAAGAGUAUUUUAAGAUGUGUGCGUCACACUUUCUUAUGUACACAGAACUAGCUAAAAUAUGGAAAAACAAUGCGACGACUAAAAUUCAGAAGUUGCUGGAUGAGAAUCAAGUUAAAGUAACUAAAUCAGGCAGAAUAUUAUUGAAGCAAGUUCAACAAGUUGAAAUUCCGUACCUAAAAUGCACGAAAAAUGUUCAACAAGUUCUAAAUGAAGCCGUGAAUGACAUGAUUUAUGCGACGGAAAUGAUGAUAGCUGAUCAAAAAACUGAAAUGUCAUUAAAAUAUUCAUCAUUUUGUGAAUUAAUUGCCAUGCAAUAUCAUCUCGUUAAAGUCGGUGCUGAAAGUGAAUCAAAAAUGUGUCCAUGCGUGAUCUAUCAUGAACAGAAUGCUGAAAAGUCACAGUUAAUUACUCAAUAUUUAGCUAAUUAUGAAUUGUCAGUUCCACAAAUGAUGAUUUUGAAUAAGAAUGCUAUCACUCCAAUUGACUACACAAUUGUGAUCUUCUGUCGGUCAAUAAUAGCUCAAGAUGAGCAGUUUGUGCAUGAUUUUGUUGGACGACUCGACCUCACCGAUCGAAUGAUUGAGAAAGUAAUUAGAUUAAGCCAAUUCGAGUUGAUUUCUGAUAAGACUGAGAAAGCACUACAAGAACUGUGUUUAAUGGUACAGGAUGUUGGACUCAAGUACAAUCUUGCAUCAUUGCUAGGCUGUAAAACCUUUUUAAAUCAAUUGUUGAAUGAUGAACAGAGUUAUCACUAUUUAAUAGAUUCCCAUUAUGGAAGUAAAGAUAUUUAUGGAACUGGAAGUGCUGUUAAAAAAUCAAGUCCUCCGUUUUGAUUGUGUUUGACAUCUUGAAUGUAGUUAAGUAAAUAAAUUGUGAUUAUUAAGCCAAUAAAGGUUGAUUUAUAUUAAAUAAAUGUUUCUAAUGAGGAUCUUUGCUGUUGGGUUUCAAUUUAAGUCUCAAGAUUAAUUCAGUG